CCAGGCAACCUCCUUCGAAAGCUCCCGAGGAAGACAGCUGGGCGAGUGGGAGACACGGCCGUGUUCUGUGUGGAGCUGGCCAAGCCAGAGGGCCCCAUCCACUGGCUGUGGAACCAGAAGGAGGUGGUGGCCGGGGGCCGAGUGGCCAUUACUGCCGAAGGCACGUGCCACACGCUGACCGUCUCCCAGUGCAGCCUGGACGAUGCCGGUGAGGUGGCCUUUGUGGCUGGGGGCUGCCGGACAUCCACCCAGUUCUGCGUGUCAGCCCCCAGAAGGCCGCUCCUGCGUGCUCCUGAGGCCCCUGUGGUGAAGGCCAGGACAGAGAGCUCCGUGACCCUUGGCUGGUCGCCACCCCCCCAUGGGGACCGCCCUGUUGCUAUCGACGGCUACCUGGUGGAGAGGAAGAGAGUGGGCACCUACCCCUGGAGCCGGUGCCAUGAAGACGAGUGGGUGGCAGUGCCUGAGCUGACUGUGGCUGGCGUGGCCGAGGAGGGGGAUUUCCAGUUCAGGGUGUCAGCUGUGAACAGCUUUGGCCACAGCCCCUACCUCGAGUUCCCGGGAACUGUACACCUGGCCCCACAGCUGGCUGUGAAAACACCUCUGAAGGCGGUGGAGGCAGUGGAAGGCGGCGAGGUGACCUUCUCUGUGGACCUCACGACGGCCUCAGCAGGGGAGUGGUUCCUGGACGGGCAGGCGCUGAAGGCCAGCAGCGUGUACGUGAUACACCGUGACGGCACCCGGCACACCCUCACCAUUCGCUUGGUGCCUGUCAGCCUGCACGGGGCCGAGCUCAAGUUCGUGGCCAAUGGUAUCGAGAGCAGCAUCCGCAUGGAGGUCCGAGCAGCCCUGGGGCUGACGACCAAGGGUCCGGCAGCAGCAGUGGCAGCACGGGAGGUGCUGGCCCGGCUGCACGAGGAGGCCCAGCUCCUGGCCGAGUUAUCGGACCAGGCUGCAGCUGUGACGUGGCUCAAGGACGGACACGCACUGUCUCCAGGCCCCAAGUAUGAGGUGCAGGCGUCAGCUGGGCAGCGGGCACUGCUAGUGCGGGACGUGAAGCGAGAAGACGCAGGCCUGUAUGAGUGUGUCAGCCACGGGGACCGCAUCACCUACCAACUAUUGGUGCAAGGUGACACCAGUGCCUCACAUCCUGUCUUGCACAAGGACAUGGCUGGUGGCUGUGUAGACGCCAUGGCCGGGGGCUCAGCCCACUUUGAGGCCCACAUGUGUGUACACUGGUACAAGGAUGGGGUGGAGCUUGGUCACUCCUGCCGGUACUUCUCACAGGAGGACAUGGGCAGGCUGGUGGCUACCUCAGUCACCGUGCAGGAUGAGGGCACCUACUUGUGCCAAGUGGGCGAGGACUCUGUGGACUUCCGGUCGCGUGUCUGUGAGCCCUCGGCGAUGUUUGCCAAGGAGCAGCCAGCACUCAGGGAGGUACAGGCCGAGGUGGGGGCCAGUGCCACACUGAGCUGUGAGGUGGCCCAGGCCCAGACGGAGGUGACAUGGUACAAGGAUGGGAAGAAGCUGAGUGUGAGCUCAAAAGUGUGCAUGGAGGCCAAGGGCUGCACCCGGCAGCUGGUGGUGCAGCAGGUGGGGAAUAGGGACGCUGGGGAGUACAGCUGUGAGGCCAGGGGGCGGAAGCUUUCUUUUGCACUGUGGCUUGCUGAGGCCACACUGAUAUUUGCCAAGGAGCAUCCAGCAUGCAGGGAAGUGCAGGCUGAGGUGGGGGUGAACACCAUGCUAAGCUGUGAGGUAGCCCUGGCCCAGACAGAGGUGAUAUGGUUCAAGGAGGGAAAGAAACUGAGUUCAAGCUCAAAAAUGUGUGUGGAGGCCAGGAAGGGCUGCACCCCGAGACUGGUGGCGCAUCAGGUAGGCAAGGUAGGUGCUGGUGAAUACAGCUGAGAGGCCAGGGGCUGAAAGAUCUCCUUCCACCUCAACAUCACAGGUGGGUUCCUUGAGAAUAACUUUGGCCACUUUCCUCCAGCCUUAGGAAUUGACCUUGUGUCAGAACAUCACCAAAAUGUACACUUGAGAUAUAUGUUUGUAAACACAACUCUACACCUUCCUGGGCACAUGGCAUCACUGGCUCCAAGGAGAAAAUUUACUGAACUCUUAAGUUUUGGUCUCACAGGCUGGUACCAGCUUUGUGUCUCUGACACUGUGUCUCCCUUUCUGUGCCCAGAGUCCUCUGCGGUGUUUAUCAAGGGACAGCCAGCACAUAAGGAGGUGCAGGCCGUGGUGGGGGCCAGCACCACACUGAGCUGCGAGGUGGCCCAGGCCCAGACGGAGGUGAUGUGGUACAAGAACAGGAAGAAGCUGAAUUCAAGCUCAAAAGUGCAUGUGGAGGCCAAGGGCUGCACCCGGAGGCUGGUGGUGCAGCAGGUGGUCAAGGCAGAUGCCGGGGAGUACAGCUGUGAGGCCGGGGGCCAGAAGGUCUGCUUCCACCUGGAUGUCACAGGUCAGUCCUUGGAGGUAGUAACUUAGCCUUGUGUGGAGGUGAUGGGACUGGCUUGCAUCCCCCAACAGACCCGAUGAUCUUCCCACUAGACUUCAUCUCUUUUAGCCUUCUGUCCUCCCACCUCCAUUUUCAUACCCAUGGCUGGACCAAGGGAGGCUGGAUGGGUAGGCUGUGAACAGAAGGGAUAAUGGUGUUCCUAUAAACCCUGAGUGGUGUUUCCACAC